ACAAUCCACGUUUAAUUUUAGCUGUUUCCAAGUGCCGCACACCCAAUUCUCCGCACUUACUAACAAAAGUAGUGGAAACCGAAUUUCUAAAAUUUGUAUUUCACUCGAGCUGCUACUCGCAUUCAAGUUAUAACUUCGCUCUCGACGAGAAAAUGUCCGAAUCCAAAGCAGAUACCGUUCCCGGUUUGGGGUUUAAGGAUAAAGAGAAGGCUUUAGAAACGAUAAAAAAUUUGGAAGGACGUGACCCGGAUUAUCAAAAACUGGCUAUCAAAGGAUUGAUAGGGAGGGCCAAACGGACUCUCACGCUAACUAAAGACAAAGAGAAGCUGCAGAAUAUCAACGACGCGAUGGCAGUCUUCGAUGAAUGGCUAAACAACUUCGAAAAGAACGGUUUAUCGAAAGAAAAUCGUGCAUAUCUCCCACUGAAUGCUAUUACGGCCCUAUUGCCACUCAAAAACCAGUACAAACUCGAAGACUCCAAAUGCGAGGCCUUUUACAAAGCUUACAAAGGGGCUAAAGGAGAAUACAAAAACUUGCGAACUAUUCCAAGUGGGGAGGAUGAACCCACUUGGGACAUUGUUAGAAACACAGAAUUAAAGAAACUACUUAAGGAAAUUGAUGAGAAAAAGCCGGACAUGUGGAAGGACGAUUUACCAACAGCAGAACAUUUGAAAUUGAUUUUGUGGGGGUACAGUCCUGAUGCGAGUAAAAUCAAGAAAAGUAUUGCCACAUUUGAGGAAAAAUUGGGAUCAGGGGUUGAAGAAUCAAAAGAAGAGUCCGACGACUCCGACAGUGAUAAUAAAGCUAAUAAACGGAAGUCUGGUGAAAAAGGGGCUUCGGAAGAUGAAAGCCCCAACAAAAAGAAAAAAAGUGAUUAAGUUUUUUCGUUAAUUCAAAUACUAUUUUUGUUAACUAACACUCAUAAAUAGCAUUUAUAUUAUUUAUGUUAUUUUCUUACCUCAAAUAAACAAACAUUGAA